AUUUUGUGGGCGGGUCCGACCCAAGCUUGGAGGGCUCAGCAUUGCCGGGCCAUUAUCAUUCCAGUAGCUGUUGGCGCAGCAGCGGGGGCACUAUGGAGGCUUCUUCUUUUUUUUUACUCCCUGCCUGGUUUUACUAUUGGGUCGGAGUGUUGGUAGUCGGCUACGGCUUUUAUAGUAUGCUUUCUAAGUUGAUGGGUGCCUUCCGCGUGUGGGUGCUGGACAACUCGGCGAUACUGGAGCCGUACCUGAACACCUGGGCAGUUGUCACAGGAGCCACAGAUGGAAUUGGAAAGGCUUAUGCAGAAGCGUUAGCAAAAAGAGGAAUGAAAGUGGUUCUUAUUAGCAGAUCUCAGGAAAAACUGGAUAAAACUGCCAGUGAAAUAGAGGACAAAUUCAAGGUGGAAACAAAAAAAAUUGCUGUUGACUUUGAAAACCGAGAAAUUAUUUACAACAAAAUAAAAGCAGGCUUGGAAGGCCUUGAAAUUGGUAUCUUAGUGAACAACGUGGGCGUUUCAUAUGAUUAUCCAGAAUAUUUCCUCGAGAUUCCAGAUUUAGAUAAACAAAUUGACAGGAUGAUAAAUGUCAAUGCCCUAGCUAUAUGCAAGAUGACACAAUUGGUGCUUCCUCGCAUGGUGGAAAGGUCCAAGGGAAUCAUAAUUAAUGUCACUUCUAUGUCUGCAUUAGAAAAAAUUCCAUUUUUAACUCUUUAUUCAGCAAGCAAGGUUUUUGCAGAUUUCUUUUCUCAAGCCGUCAGCCAGGAAUACAAAGACAAAGGUAUCCUUGUGCAGACUGUUCAACCAUAUUUUGUCAUGACAAAAAUGUCUAAACUUCGUAGAACAAAUAUAUAUAGACCCACUCCUGAACAAUAUGUAAAAUAUUCCCUCAAUACGAUUGGUCGGGAAACGGUAACUUGUGGAUAUCCAUCUCAUGCUUUUGUGAAAUGGAUUGGAACAAAUGUAUUGCCUGAGUGGUAUAGCAAAAAAACUAUCACAGAAACGGCCUUAAAAUCAAGAGCUUACCAUUUAAAGAAACUAAAGGAAAACUAAGCUACAUUGCCUUGACGAGAACCCUGGUAUUUUUAAAAUCUACUUGGAAGUAUCAAAUACUUAGUCCUAUGUUAUAGUUUUUGUAUGGGAUAUUCUGAGGGAAAUUGGAGACUGGCAAGAAGAAAAUAUAUAUGUACAUACCUCAGUGGUGAAAUCCAAUUUUUUUUACUACUGGUUCUGUGGGUAUGGCAGGGGAAGGAUACUGCAAAAUCCCCAUUCCCUCCCCACUCCUGGGGGAAGGAUAUUGCAAAAUUUCCAUUCCCACCCCACUCUGGGCCAGCCAGAGGUGGCAUUUGCCGGUUCUCCGAACUACUCAAAAUUUCUACUACAGGUUCUCUGAACUACUCAAAAUUUCCGCUACCAGUUCUCCAGAACCUGUCAGAACCUGCUGAAUUUCACCCCUAAUAUACCUAUAUGAGAUGUGUAGAAAAAUUAGUUAACAAUGUCUACAUUAUAUACUGCUCUGGAACCAUUCUGUUUUGUGUUAUAUAAUUAUUAAACAAUAUUUUCAAUUAAUAGUCUUACUGAAGUGCAUUAGUAGUGUUUCAGAUAGGUUCAUUUUGAGAAAUGUGAUUGAAAUUGAAAUAUAACAAUAUGGAAUUUGUAACGUCACUACCAAUAAUAGAGUCACAUUAUUCUCUAUUUUAACUAAAAAUCUGUUAUUUCCUCAAUUUUGAUAUUUCAAGAAAUAUCCCUUAUUGAAAUUGAGAUUUUAAAAAUUACAAGAUUAGCUAUAGGAUCUAUCUCGUUAACAUGAAUGUGAAUGUUCAUUAUGUAAUAGUCAGCUUCAAGCAUCACAGUAAUGCUUUAUUCCUUACAAAGCUUAAGAAUUACAGCUAAAUAUAAUGCUGGCACUGACUUCAUAUGUUCACAAUGUUUUGUUUGUUUUUUACUAAUCACAAUACUGUAAGUAAAAUUGUACUUUGUGUGAACUGUCAUAGCAAAUAUUUUAAAAUAUUUGCAACAGCAGGCAGGAUUUUGAUUACCUGCAUGUUCUCUUAAUAUAAACGUUUAUGGGUUGGGACCAGGACGUGCUUUUGAGAUUCCAUCUCUAUAACGAGAUGGGGGAGCUCUUUGAGUGAUAUGAGAUGUAUUAUAGAAGACUGCAACACAAAGGAUAAUGAGAGAAAGAACAUAAGCAUGUCUGGACAGCCUGUCUUCUUGCAUAAGAAUUCUUGUCUCCAGAAUUAAAAGAAGUCACUCCAAAUGUUGAGAAUACAUUUAACAAGGAUUUGUUAAUCCUUCAUUGUAACUUAUUGAAAUGAAAAAUCACCUUCUUAAGACUUGUAGUUUUAUCUAUCUUUACAUGAAAAUUAAGAUUUGACUUUUUAUUUCCUUAAAUCUUAUUGCUUGUAUCUUCAGAACAAAUAAAAUGAAAAUACUUUAACAUGU